AUGGUGCUCUGGGAUCAGAAUUAUGACUAUGUUAAUUUGCCGAUAGCUUGUAUCAUCGGGGUGAUAUACGGUGGCUACAGCGAUCACUACGGCCGAAAAUGGCCCAUGCUCAUCGGAAUUUUGAGUGUGGUGCUCGAUACAGCUUUCCGGAUUUUGAUAUGGCACCCCGAAACCGACUGGCCACUGCAAUGGCUAUUCGCAGCCGCUUCACUAGCCGGAUUUCUCGGUGACUUCCUCCUGACGAUGAGCGCCAUAAACGCUUAUGUCACUGACCAAUUUCCCGACAAGAAAACGCUUUCAGUCCGGAUGAUCGUCGUCUCGAUCCUUUUUUCACUCGGGCAAUUCGGAGGCUCGCAACUGGCCGAUUGGCUUCUGCAUUUUGUGUCGGAAAUUAAUAUGCUGAUUAUUGUGGAAGGAGUGUUCAUCUUCUCCUUUUUCUUCGGCUUGUUGCUAAUCGACAACCGUAUCCCAGCCGCCCUCCCCCUCCAACAGGAAGAAAAUCCGAGCCUUGAUGAGAUUGUGCCGCCUCCG